AAAUGAAAUAUUUAAGUAAAGAUUUAAGGGCGGGUGAUUUAUAUAGGUAUACCCGUAAGCUAUACCUUCAAAACAACCAUUUUAGAAGAAUUUUGGUUGAUUUUGAAAUAUCUCGAAUAUUUCGGGUGACUAACCUCCGCUGGGCGAAGAGCUCCGGCGGAGAACACGAUAAAGAACUCUGGUCUAUAGAACUGGAGAACUUGGUAGAACCACGGUGGCAAUUUGGUCAGCGUUCUAAGUUCGCUGGCCAGAAUUUUGGAGGAGAUGGCGUGGAGCAGGAUGUAAUCAUAAGUGUUGUAGAACUAGAAAUUUCAGUUGUAAUGUAG